AUGGGUCUCGAGAAGAACAAAGAAUUCAUUCGGUUAGAGCGUGAAUCCGUCAUUCCAAUUUUGAAGCCUAAGCUCACCAUGACAUUGGCCAACCUUAUUAAACAUAGUUCCGACAAAGCUGAGUUUUUGAAGCUAUGCAAAAGAGUAGAGUAUACAAUUCGAGCUUGGUACCUUCUACAGUUUGAGGACAUGAUGCAACUCUACUCCCUCUUUGAUCCUGUAUCCGGAGCACAGAAGAUGGAACAACAGAAGUUAACUCCGAAAGAAAUUGAUGGACUAGAACAGAAUUUCUUGACGUACCUUUUUGAGGUCAUGAGAAAGAGCAACUUCAAGAUUGCUACUCAAGAUGAGAUUGAAGUUGCACGUUCUGGACAGUAUCUUCUAAAUCUUCCCAUCACUGUUAAUGAAUCUAAGCUUGACAAGGUGCUUUUGAAAAAGUAUUUUGAAACGCAUCACUAUGAUAACCUUCCAGAUUUCUGUGAUAAGUAUGUUAUCUUUCGACGCGGCAUUGGAAUUGAUAAAACAACCGAUUAUUUUAUCACGGAGAAAGUUGACAUGCUCAUAGGACGUUUUUGGGCAUACCUAUUGAGACUAACUAGGUUGGAAAAGUUUAUAUCAAGAAGGUCAAAAAGGCAUCACAAGAAAGAUGCUAAGAAGGAUGAUGAAAUUGACUCAAAAGAAGCUUAUCGAGGUGACCUAUAUGAACGGAUACGUCUUGAGAAUAUGCCAUUGAGUUUCAGUAAUUUGCUGAACAAGACCUUAAUCCAAGAACCUACAUUUGAUAGGAUAAUUGUUGUAUACAGGCAAGCCAGUAACAAUUCAAAAUCAGAACGAGGAAUAACUGUGAAGCAUUUCAAAAACAUUCCAAUGGCUGAUAUGGAAAUUGUUCUUCCAGAAAAGAAAAAUCCUGGUUUGACUCCAAUGGAUUGGGUCAAGUUUCUUGUAUCUGCUAUAGUUGGGCUGGUUGCUGUAGUUAGUUCCCUUCAAAUGCCUACAGCUGAUUUUCGGGUCAUUGUUGCCAUUCUCUCCACGGUAGUUGGUUAUUGUGUUAAAACAUACUUCACGUUCCAACAAAACUUGACUGCAUACCAAAAUUUGAUUACACAAUCAAUGUAUGACAAACAACUGGACAGUGGAAAGGGCACACUUCUCCAUUUAUGUGAUGAUGUCAUUCAACAGGAAGUCAAAGAGAUAAUAGUUUCAUUCUUUAUUCUGAUGGAACAGGGAAAAGCUACAAGACAGGAUCUCGAUAAAUGGUGUGAGGAACUAAUCGGAGACGAGUUUGGGGAGACCUGUAAUUUUGAUGUGGAUGAUGCAGUUGAGAAAUUAGAGAAGUUGGGAAUUGUUACUCGGGAUACAAUUGGCCGGUAUCAAUGUGUUGGGCUGAAACGGGCUAAUGAGAUCAUAGGCACUACCACUGAAGAGCUUGUCCUAAAGGCAAAACAGGGAAACAUUACUCCUUGAUGGUGUUUUGGAAUAUUUAUCAAUAUUUAGGGAAAUAUAAGAAUCAUGUUACAGGAAUGACACUGUUCAUUCCUGCAACAAGGAUCCGGCAACGUAUCUUGAGGAUACGGCGUCGUAUCCUGAUUGUAGUUUGACUUUUUUUUUUUUAAGCGUGGGACCCACACUUAAUUUGUGUGUGCAGGAAAAUGGUCUUGUCAUGUGACAUGACAAAAAGCGAACCCCAAUAUUUAUGUCUCGUAAUUUCACAC